AUACGACGUAUUUCAGUUUUAUAUGUCUCAAUACAAACUGACGGUCUUCAAUUAAAGUUAUUUUAAAAACAAAAAUUAACACGCGCGAGUUCAUAGUGCAACAACAUUGUGAAAAUUAUCUUACUGAAAAUCAAGUGCAAAACAAUUUUAUAUUUAAAUAUCUAGUAGUGAAAGCAAUAAAAGUGUUUCUUAUUUAUAAGGAAUGUGAUAAACGGAUUAAUGAUUCCAAAAUGCAUACGGUUUUUAUUAUUUUCUGUUUCGUUCUCUUGAAAUUGAAUAGCAGCUAUGCCUGUUCUAUGGAGAACAUCAAUAACUGGUUAUUACCGGUUAGCGCAAACAUCUACGAUAUCGAAAGAGAUAUAUUCUUUCGAAGAUCUACAUCUAAUAUAGAAGGUAUAAAUUCCGUAACGAACAGCGAAGGUUUAAAUGGAGGUCCGUAUUUAACCGUUUCAUACAGUAACUCCGAAUUCACAAUCGCUCCGAAUACUCAGUUUGAAAACUAUGAAGAAAACGAGACGGAACUCUCUAUAGGAGUUACUGUUAAUUUUAGAUGUACUGGUGGUUCCAGUAAUACAUUAGUUUUCAUUAUAAAUAUAAUAGAUACAAAUAACAAUGCACCGCAGUUCAGGCCAAGCGAUAACUAUAUUUACAAAGUUGCACCGCCGCUGCCGCCUGGCUUUCUGGUUACUGAUUGCGUCAACAAUUUAAUCGUAAGGGAUAUCGAUCUGACAACUCAAAGAAUUGAUUUUGAAAUUGAAGAAAACCCAUUUUUCGAAAUCGUUGCCGACACAUCAACAACACCUAAAGAAUUUAAAGCUACUUUACGAACUACUACAUUUAUAAGAAGAAUUUCAGAACCGAUUAUUUUAUGGAUAAGAGCAACGGAUGUUGAUCUUACCGGUGAUCCUCCGAUCACGAGCAACGCAACAGUACGUAUUGAGGCUGACACGGAAUUUGAAUUUCCUGAUGAUCUCAUAUUUUCACAAACUUUUUAUAUAGCUACUUAUACCGUAGAGGGAAAUAUUAUUCUGGAAAGCGACAUAUAUCUUCAACAAGGUUAUGAUGCAAGUGUAAAUUUCAGUCUAGACGGAGAUAAUAAAGAUGUCUUCGACAUUUAUGUCAAUGAAAAUCGAAUCACGUUAAGAGUUCAUUCACAACUACCUUCAGAUUUAGUAACAAAUCAAAUUUACCUUAUUCUGAAAGCCAGCCGCGAACAUACGAGUGGUGCAACUGCAACAAUCAUAGUUAAUUUACCUGAAGGGCCAAACUUUAAGUUUGAAGAGGCUUACUAUAGAGGUUUUAUUGUGGAUAAUAGUUUGAGUAUUUCGAAUUUGAUUUUACAAGAAAAUUCAGAGUACCCAGAAAUUGAAAUAAAUGUCUACAGCGAAUUUAGUCAAUAUUUUAGUACUAGCAUUCAAAAUAAUAAUGUAAUAUUGAGUAUGGAUCAACUUAGUGAAGAAAUUAUACAAAAUAAUAGCAUAUUGACAUUACAAGUAGUUGCUAUUGCUAACAACAGAACAGCAGCAACUGUGGUAGUUUUGGAAAUUGUCAAAGAUGACCUUAUUACGCCAAUAUUCGAAAAAAACAUCUAUAACGCUACAUACGAUCCUAUUGUAGGUGUGAUUGUAGAAAAUAUUACAUUUAUUCAAGGUUUUGAUGACACGGUCACUAUGUCUCUGGAAGGAGAUUUCGAAAGUUAUUUCCGAAUAACACAAGAUGGCAACGUAUUUAACAUUAUCACGACAGGCUUGCCCUCUCAUGUUUUAAACGAACAACGUUUGCUACUCACUAUAAUUGCCACGAAGCCAAGAACAGUAGGAGCGCAGGCGGUUCUUUAUAUCGCAAUGCCUGAAGCUAGAGCACUGGCUUUUAAAUCUCUUACUUACAGCGGAAUUUUGGUAAAUAACAGUGUUUUACUGGAGACAAUAGAGUUAAACAUCGGCUACGAUGAAGAUGUCGUCUUCGAUCUUUCUGGAGUGUACGCGAGUUACUUUAUUCAAUCUAAUGAUGGAAACCAAAUAACUUUAAGUGUAAGAGAUCCAAUCCCUGAAGGUGUAAUUUCUGAAAACAAUAUUCUUAUAUUUACCCUAACCGCAGAAGGUAAUGGUACUGACAAAGCAAUAACAACUGUCAUACUGGAAAUUAUAAAACAAGAUACAUCAACACCACUGUUUAGUAAAAACAUUUACAAUGGUUAUUACUUGGAUGCGGUAAUAAGCAUAGAAAAUAUUUACCUAACACAAGGUUUCGAUGAAGAUGUUACAUUUCGUUUAAUAGGAGAAAAUGCACAAUAUUUUGCUAUUUCGAAUACUGACAACAACAAUAUUUCUUUAACUUUAGAUACCACAAUACCGGAAGAAUUAAUUUUCAACAAAAAAGUUUUACUAUUUACUAUUUUAGCAGAUAAGCCUUUUUCAGUAGGCGCUAACGCCGUAAUAUCAGUUAAUUUUCCUUCAGAAUUAACCGAACCAACUGUGAUGAGGUUUUCUAAAAACAGUUACACUGGAAUUAUUAUGAAUGAAACGUUUACGAUUGAAAGUAUCGUAUUGGAUCAAGGAUUUCAACUUCAAACAGAGUUUUUAUUAAUUGGUGAUCAUGCAUCUUUAUUUAGCAUGAGUAACGUUGGAAACAUUGUAACGAUUCAACUAAACGAACAAUUACCUGAAGAGAUUAUUGAAAAUCAUUUUAUGAUAUUAGAGAUCGAAGCAAUCCAUCCAAGGACAAUAAAGGCCCACGCUACAAUAGUAAUAGAAAUUAUUAGACAAUUAGAACCAAAUAUAAUACCUCCAGUGUUUGAACGCCCUUAUUAUUACGGAGAAUAUUCUGUUGAAGAUAAAUUACAAUUCAAUCAAACCAUUCAACUCAGAGAAGAGUCUGAAGAAAAUGUUAGUUUCGAACUAGAAGGAGAUAAUUCCGUAUGGUUUUCACUUACGCCAUUGGACAAUGGAGUUAUUUUAACACUUCAAAGCCUAAUACCAUCAGAAAUAUUGGCAGAUAAUCAUCAGUUAAUAUUUACUGUCACCGCAAAUGUAUUUAACACCACGGUUUCUGCGCGAUCUACAAUUAUUAUAGGACUAAUAAAAGAUGUUAAUGAGAUAGUUGUCUUAGAGUUUGAUAAACCAAAUUAUAUUGGUACCAUUGACAACAAUACACUUAUUUUGGAUCCAAUUUUAUUGGUGCAAGGACUUUCUUCAGAUGUUGUGUUUACACUCCAGGGAGAGUUGACGUCCUAUUUUUAUAUAAUACUAAACGAGUCAACAAUUACAAUACAAUUAGAGGACACCAUUCCUGAUAAUGUAGUUUCUGAUAAUAGAAUAAUCAUACUAGAAUUGGUGGCAACUGCCCCACAAGCUAUACCUGCUUACGUCACAAUAGUUAUUGAAGUAGUAAGGCAAGAAAUUCCCUCUAAUAAUGAUUUACUUAAAUUUUCCGAACCCUAUUACAUUGGAACGUACGACGUGAGCGAUGGUCUUGAGUUUAAUCAUGUUAUAACGUUAGCACAAGGUAACGAUGAAACUGUCCACUUCACUCUUGUUGGAGAGAAAUCUGUAUGGUUUGGAGUUGUACCAACCGAGGAUGGAGUAACUAUAAAUUUAACGAGUACUAUACCUAAUGAUGUAUUACAUAACAAUCGGCAACUAAUCUUUGAAAUAUCUGCCGGAAAACAUAGCAGUUCAGUUACUGCUAGAUCUGCAAUAAUUAUUACCAUUACAGCUGAAGAAAACACCACACAAAUUCUCGGUUUCGAGAGAAACAAUUAUUUGGGGACUAUUGAUAAUACAACUGUCAAUUUGGAACCUAUACUUCUUGUAGUUGGAUUUACGCCUGAUGUGCAAUUUUCACUCAAUGGGGAGUUGGCGUCGUAUUUUUAUAUCACACCAAACGAAUCAACAAUUAUAAUACAAUUAGAAGACACCAUUCCUGAUAAUAUAGUUCCUGAUAAUAGAAUAAUCGUAUUAGAAUUGGUGGCAACAGCACCACAAGCUAUACCUGCUUACGUCACAAUAGUUAUUGAAGUAGUGAGGCAAGAAAUUCCCUCUAAUAAUGAUUUACUUAAAUUUUCCGAACCCUAUUACAUUGGAACGUACGACGUGAGCGAUGGUCUUGAGUUUAAUCAUGUUAUAACGUUAGCACAAGGUAACGAUGAAACUGUCCACUUCACUCUUGUUGGAGAGAAAUCUGUAUGGUUUGGAGUUGUACCAACCGAGGAUGGAGUAACUAUAAAUUUAACGAGUACUAUACCUAAUGAUGUAUUACAUAACAAUCGGCAACUAAUCUUUGAAAUAUCUGCCGGAAAACCUAGCAGUUCAGUUACUGCUAGAUCUGCCAUAAUUAUUACCAUUACAGCUGAAGAAAAUACCACACAAAUACUCGGUUUUGAGAGAAACAAUUAUUUGGGAACUGUUGAUAAUACAACUGUUAAUUUGGAACCUAUAAUUCUUGUAGUUGGAUUUACGCCUGACGUGCAAUUUUCACUUAACGGUGAACUGUCCACUUUGUUUACAAAGAGAGUGGACGGAGCAACGGUGUAUCUUAUACUAGAGAAUGCAAUGCCUGAAGAUAUUUUAUCUGGAUAUCGAGUUAUUAUUUUAGAGCUAGAAGCUAUAGCACCAGAAGCAUUACCAAGUUACACGACAAUUGUCCUUGAAGUUAUACGACAGAAUAAUUUACCUGUUCAUGUGUUAAAAUUUAAAGAAGCGUAUUAUACCGGGCAGUAUAAAGAAAAUGAUGUACUUGAAUUUAACCAAACUAUUGCUCUUAUUGAUGAAAGCAGUGAUGGCAUCGAAUAUACAUUGGAAGGAGAUAAUUCAAUUUGGUUUUCACUGGAAGGAAACGAAGAUGGAUUUUUAGUUAUUCUGUCUACACCCGUACCACAAAAUAUACAGUCUGAGAAUAUGUUUCUUGUAUUCAUCGUAACUGCUUCCAAACCGGACAGUGUUACCGCUAGAUCGACUAUUUUAAUUUCUCUACCGAAUGCUUCAGAAGAUAGCAAUAUUUAUUUCGACAAGUUAUUGUACAGAGGUGUAGUACAAGACAAUAUUAUAUCACAUGAAAACAUAUUUGUGUCUGGAUAUAGCGGGGCUGAUGUCGAAAUUCUUGGAGAACACGUAAAUUUAUUUGUCGUACAAAUAAAUCAAGGAGCUGUAACUGUUGCGUUAAGGGAUACAAUCGAAGCUGUAAACAGUUCUUUCCUGAUAUUUGAAAUUCGUGUGCCCGGUGCGGGAUGUGUGCUUCAACUAGAUGUCAUCAAUCAAGGGAUUCCAGCUCUGCCUACAGUGAGGUUUAGCUCCGAGUCUUACGUCAUAAAUGUCGACAUUUCCCAGACGGGACUGAUCGGACAAGUAUCUGCGACUGCGGAUAAUGGAGAAUCCAUUACUUACUCUCUCUCCAUUGACAACGAACUCGAAGAAAGCUUGACAAUUAACGACAAUGGUGAAUUACAUCUCACAACUUCUAUGAGUAGCGGAGUGUUCACGUUCAGAGUUGUAGCUACGACGGAAGUUACGCAAGUCGAUGUAAAAGCAACGGUUAUAUUGAUAGUUGAAUCAGGCGAAGAAGUGGGUUUACCGCCUCUAAUCAUUAUAGAAAAAGACGAAGAGUCACCUUACAACAAUCUCGUUACACUAAAUACAUCUCAAGACUGUCGAUAUGAAAUGACAAACCGUUGGCCUGUCAACCAGACAUGGCUAUACGUAGAUGACAAUGGACUUCACACGAAUGCUAUAGACAGAGAACAUAACUCUAUAGCGUUCAUGGCAUUAUCUCAAAUACAAGUGGAACUUAUCUUAGAAUGUAAUAAUGAAGUUAAAGUUGGAAGUAAACGCUCAUUCAACAAUGUAUCUACGACGUCUUUGGGACCUUACGACUACGGUACCUAUAGAUGGAUUCUAACAGACUAUAUUUCGUAUGAACCCAGACGAAGUCUUGUUAAUUUAAUUGUGAAUGACAUUAAUGAUAAUGAUCCUAUAUUUGAAUUGAAGGAUUAUGAACCAAUAGCAGUUGGAUAUCCACUACCUGAAAUAGAGGAGAUAGUUCCUCCUCGAGCUUUAGUGGAACUUACGGCGACUGAUGCAGAUAUUGGAGAGAACGCAGCCCUGGUAUAUUGGAGCUUGGAGACUUCUCUAGCGGUGUCACCCACUACAGGCCGCGUGCACGUUAGAAACAGUUCCCUGCUGCAGCCCGGCGCCAUCCUCAGGGUAUCAGCCACGGACCGUAACGGAGUAGACGGACGCACUGGAAAUAUUGACAUUAUGGUACGAUUGUUAGAUUUCCAUCAAAUCGCUGUUAUAACAAUUCAAGGCGCGUUUUUGGAAGAUGAAAACAGCGUUCUAUCAAAUUUGACGAACGCUCUCGGCUAUGAAGUCAAGUCUCUUAGAAGUGUCAUCUUGCCUAUGGAUUAUGAAACCAAUGAACAUACAAAUGGAAGUUAUCGAGCGGCUGUUAGUGAUGGAGCUCUCUUACAACUGUUUAUUUAUGGAUUAAUAAACCGUGAACCUGUUGAAGUUUCUCGACUUACUUCUGACAUUAAUAAUAUUGUUAUGGGUAACAUAGCUAGGACUGUAUCACUGGAAGAUCAUCUAGAAAGUCGUGAGAUAUGCUCACUCCCAGCACGUGAUACGGGCUUGUUAGCAGCGACAAUAGCACUCAGUAUUCUACUUUUCAUCCUAAUUGUGAUAUUCGCGGUGUGGUUUUUUCUAAAAUGGAGAAAGACGUACAAUUAUAAUAAUUUUAGCGACCAAAAUAGUUUAGCAUCGAGAGAUCAAAACCCGCCAACGGUGAAGAUUGAAGAACCAGUUAAACCGAGAAUCAAUAUAGAGGAAUUGAAGAGGAGUGAGAGGAGAUUACAAGAUAUUUUAGAUGCGCCUGAAACGUCGACACAAAAUGACAACCAACCGGAUACAGUUGUUGAUGUACCGACACCAGAGCAAAGAAUGCCGAUUGUUAUACAAUCAAUUGAUAAAUUAAAAGACGCAGCUGAAACAUCAGACGACGAAGAUGAGUUUGGAGAAACGCAGAAAGCGAGAAGGAAGUCGGUUGUAACUUUUAAUGAAAAUGUUGAGAAAAUUAUUCACUUAGAGGAUACUCCGAGCGACGCCGAUUACGAAGUCUAUAAAUUUUAAUUUUUAAUUUCUUAUUUUAAUAUUCAUACUGUUUUAUUUAUUAAAGAAUUGAAA